UUCGUAUCCCUCAGUCCUCACUCUCUUCACUUUCAGCCGUGUUCUCAUCUCUUCCCCCGUCGCGAGUUACUUAUCGUGCACGUGCGGAUCCCGUAGCAGACUCUGUAUAAUGAUGCUUGCUCCUGUGAUUUUGAUAUUAGCGAACUCAUUUUCCUAGGAAAUUGAGUCUAUUUGGGGCUUUUCCGUUAGCUUCAAUCUUCAGAAUGAUCUGAGCAAACCUUUGCUGCAUGAACUAUCCUGUGAAGUUUUCUUUCUUAUAAAAGUAAGAUGGAUGUUCAACCUCCACCUGAUGAAGAGUCCGAGAUCAGCGAGUCAGAGAUCGAUGACUACUCCCAAAAACCCUACCUGAAACUCCAAACCGGGCAGUACAAGGUUAAAGUAAACGGAACGCUGAGAUGCCCCUUUUGUUCAGGCAAGAAGAAGCAAGACUACAAAUACAAGGAGCUGAUCGCACACGCCUCUGGUGUUUCCAAAGGAUCCGUAAGCAGAAGCGCUAAACAGAAGGCUAAUCAUCUCGCCUUAGCUAAGUACUUAGAGACCGAGCUUGCUGGUGAUCAUGCAGAAGGUCUUCCACGUCCUUAUCUCCCUCUGUCAAACGAGUCAGAACCAAAGCCUGGUGAUGUUUACGUCUGGCCAUGGAUGGGGAUUGUGAUGAAUCCUUUGAAAGAAACUGAUGAUGACAAGGAGGGUCUGCUCGAUUCGGCGUAUUGGUUGAAGCGUCUUUCUAGGUUCAAGCCUGUUGAUGUGAAUGUGUUUUGGAUCGAACAAGAUUGUGUUGUUGGGGUUGUUGCUGAGUUUAACAGCGACUGGAGUGGGUUUGUGAGUGCGACGGAGCUUGAGAAGGAGUUUGAGAGGGAAGGCUGCAGCAAAAAGGAGUGGGUAGAGAAGAGGGGAGAGUCAGAGUCCAAGGCUUAUGGAUGGUGCGCACGUGCGGAAGACUAUAACUCUGAAGGGGUAAUAGGUGAGUACCUCUCCAAGGAGGGGAAGCUAAGAACCGUUUCAGAUAUUUCUCAAGAAAAAGCGGAGGAUAGAAACAGUGUUCUUGAAGAACUUUCGAGUAUGAUUGAUAUGACUAAUGAGGAUCUGAACAAGGUUCAGUACAGUUACAACGAGACGGCUAUGUUACUGAAGAGGGUCAAGGACCAGAAGAAAAACUUGGAGGAAGCUUAUGCAGAAGAAACAAAGAAGAUGCAUCAGAUGUCGAUGCGCAGUAUCCAGAAGAUCCUAGAAGAUAAAGAGAGGCUAAGCAAUGAACUGGAAGCAAAGAUGCUGAGACUAAAGAACUGGUCCAAAGAGUUGGAGAAAAAGGAAGCACUUACUGAACUGGAGAGACAAAAGUUGGAUGAAGAGAAGAAAAAGAAUGAUGCUAUGAACAUUUCCCUCAAGUUAGCCUCUCAUGAGCAGGAGAAGGCUGACCAGAACGUUUUGAGGCUUGUGGAAGAGCAUAAGAGGCAAAAAGAUGAGGCAAUGAGCAAGAUCCUUGAGCUUAAGACACAGCUAGACACCAAACAGACACUGGAAAUGGAGAUUCAGGAGCUGAAAGGCAAAUUACAAGUGAUGAAGCAUUUGGGGGAUGCUGAUGAUGAGGCGGUCAAGCAGACAAUGAAGGAGAUGAAUGAUAAACUGGAGGACAGGAAGUCUGACUUAGAACAGCUAGAGCAGAUGAAUUCAGACCUCAUGACAAAAGAACGUCAAAGCAAUUUCGAGAUUCAAGCAGCUCGGAAAACAUUAAUUGCGCGUUUGACAGGGUUGUUGGGUGCCGAAUCUGAUAUCGGGGUAAAGAGGAUGGGAGAACUUGAGAACUUGGAGCCCUUCUUGAAUGCUUGCAAGAAGAGAUAUUCUGCGGAUGAAGCCAUGGUUGAAGGUGUUACCCUUUGCUCCACAUGGCAGAAGAACAUCAAUGAUUCAACAUGGCAACCGUUCAAACGUGAAGGAACCGGGGACAAAGCAAUUGAAGUGGUAGACGAAGAGGAUGAGAAGCUGAAGAAGCUUAAAGGAGAGUGGGGAGAAGAGGUGCACAACGCUGUUAAAACAGCUCUGGAGGAAAUGAAUGAGUAUAAUCCAAGUGGUCGAUACAGCACCCCAGAACUUUGGAAUUUCGAAGCAGGAAGGAAAGCAACAUUGAAGGAAGUGAUUAGUUUCAUUUCCAACGAUAUGAAACCUGUGAAACGCAAAAGAACCUGAAGGAAGGAGGAAGUAGAAGGAAUGGGUUAAGCUUCAAGUCUUUUAAAAUAACUUAGAAUCAAGGAGCUCAAGUGAUGUAAAAUAAUGAAGAUACUUAUAUGCUCUAUGUAACCACCAGACUUAGCUCUUUAACUUGUGUCUUUGAAAGAUUUCGAACAGCUAGUUAUCCAAUGUUUUUAUUAGCAAUGUUCUGUUUUAUGCUU